CGAGCUGGUUCAUGAAUUAAAUAUAACGAGCCUUUGAGUCGAGCUAGUUCACGAACCUAUCGAACUGAACAUGUCAUGGCUUGAGUUCGGCUCGUUAGUUAACGAGCAUGUUCGCGAGCCGGCUCGGUUAACAACGAAUCGAAUACCGAACGAAUUUUUUUCGAACCGGACACCGAGUCGUUCAUGAGCGGCUUGGUUCAUUAACAGCCCUAGUUGCUGCUGCAAAAAUGGCUAAUAGGUAAGAGACACAUUUAUUUUUUUUAAUUAUAUUAUGAUUUUCUUUAGUUAAUUAGUGAGUUUGUUUUUUUUUCUGUAGUGAUUUUAGAAGAUUUGAACUAGUCGUUCGGUGGAAAUCGGAGAAAGUAGAGGAUAAUUUGGGCGUCAAAUUCGUUGGUGGUAGUAGUUUUCAGUUGACGGUUCCAUGCAGGGUGACAUAUCACAAACUUUGUGAGAAUCUAAUUCUGAGAAUACGGCGUAGAGACGAAGCAGUACAAGAUAGUGAUGUUAUCACAGGUUUCACUUACCAUCUCCCACAAUGGCAGAAUGGUGUUUUAUUUUAUUAUUCGAUGCCUAUUGUGGAUGAUGAUAGUUUGAAUGUGCUUUUCGAUUUUAUGGCACAAAACCCUUAUUGUUUGGGUGCUGAGAUACAUGCUAAGCUCAGUGAGAAUCGGGAUGGAGAGGAAGAAGAUACAUGGAGCAUGCCAUCCGAUCAUGACGAUGUUGACGGAGAGGAGGAUGAUGCGGAAGAGGAGGAGGAGGAAGAUGAUGAAGGAGAGCAGCCUAAUUAUCCUCCAUAUUUUUACUUGCAGGGUAAUGAAGAGGAUGACGAAUUAUCAUAUGCUGAUUCAUAUGGCGUAAUUCCAAUGCAUGUUGUUGCUAGUUUUGAAGGAGAAUUCUACAAGGGGCAGAUAUUUCACUUGAAACAAGCUGCACAUGUGGCGAUUAAAUACCACGCACUACAACUCAACUUUCAAUAUGACAUGGUGGAGUCGUCACCUUCCAUCUGGAAGGUCAGAUGCUUGAAGCACAAGGAUGACAAUUGUCCUUGGAUGGUGCGGUUUGGAUGUCGAGAUGUUGGAAGCGAAUGGACUGUCAGAAAGGCCGAGUUGGUGCAUUCUUGUAGCAAUACGACUCAACCGACGGAUCAUCGCCAUCUUGAUUUCGAUAUUAUAUAUGAGGCCGUCAAACAUUUGGUACGUGGCCAACCAAAUCUGAGUGUUCUAACUGUGCAGGCUGAGUUGAAAGAUAAGUUUAAUAUGCAAGUUACUUACAAGAAGGCUUGGUAUGGGAAACAAAGAGCAUUGGAGAAGUUGCAUGGAAAUUGGGAAGAAUCCUACGAUUAUUUGUAAACAUUCUUGCGGGUGGUAAAGAGAAAAAUGCCAACAUCAGUGAUUGAUUGGGUAAGAGUUCCUUCAGCUGAACCAGGUCAUUCGAUCUUUCAGCGAGUACACCUCCCAUCAGAGAUAGAGCAUAAGCUCAUGCAAACUGUUUUGUAACCUCCUGGGAUACAUUUGCCGGCAGAUGACUGAAUUCAUCCCUCAGCCAAACAAUCCUAACGACACCGCCUGAAAGAUCAUGUAGAACCCAUCCUAACAGUCUCAAACAGAUCGUCGGCCACUCCUCAUCCGGUAUGUCAACUACGACGGCAUCACCGUCGAUCGCCAGACCGGACAGUGUCACAACGUCAUCUAACGUGAUCGUAACCUCACCAAACAGUAAAUGGAAGGUCAACGUCUCAGGUCGCCACCGCUCUACGAGCGCAGUAAUCAAACUCGCAUCAGAGUUCAUAGGGACUAGGGGGAAAACACUAGACAAGCCAGCCGCUCCAAGAUAUGGUUGAUAACGCUCAUGGUACGUGACUAACAUGGUCGUACCUCGAACAUGAUAAGGUCUAUCACCAGCCUAUAGUGCACAAAACUUAUAUUAAUUCAAUUUCAUUUGUAAUAAUUCUAAUUUCACCUAUUAAAUUCUAAUCUAUCUA